UUAUUUUUGAUGUUUUGAUUAUAUUUAUUUGUUUCAGGUAGAUCCUGAAUGAUAUUUUUUAUGGUAGUCUUAUUUUGAUUGCUAGUGGUUGUGAUAUUACCUAUUGCCUCUUAUUCUUAUAUUAUGUUUUUUUUUAGAUUGAUCUUGCCUUCAAUCGAGGAUUUAUGAGAAAUAAUUUUUCACGAACAACAUAUAUUUUAGUCUCUCGAGAUCUCACUUUGUAAAAAUAACAUGAAUAUAUUGUUAUUUUUAUUUUUUUUCAAGAUUUCAAUCAAAAUACGAACUAUUAUAAUGAUUAAGGAACAAGAAUAUAUUCUGCAUCAUCAUGUCCAGGCCCUGUGUGGCUGUCGGUGGAAACUCAAAUUUAAGUGUGGAUAUUUUCUUGGUCAUUUCAAGGCCACACUUUACAAUUAACUAUGUCAUAUAUUUUAUGAAAAAGAAACGUGCAUUUUAAAAUUCUUACACUUUUAACUUUUAGGCUUUUCCUCUUCAUUUUUCUACAACUCUUGGAGAAACAGAAAAAUGGCAAAAGAAGUGAGCAACAAACAGGUCAUUUUAAAACACUAUGUCACUGGUUACCUUAAUGAAUCUGAUAUGGAACUCAAGAACUCCACCAUUAAAUUGGAUGCUCCAAAAGGUUCUAAUGUUGUUGUUUUGAAGAAUCUUUACUUGUCUUGUGACCCUUAUAUGCGUACACGUAUGAAGAAAAUUGAGGGUAGCUAUAUUGACUCCUUCACUGCUGGCUCUCCUAUCACGGGAUAUGGAGUGGCCAAAGUAUUGGAGUCUGGUGAUUCGAACUUUGAGAAAGGUGACUUAGUUUGGGGAAUGACUGGAUGGGAGGAGUAUAGUAUUGUAACACCUACUCAGAGUACUCUGUUUAAAAUUCAUGACAAAGAUGUGCCUCUUUCCUACUAUACAGGAAUCCUUGGGAUGCCUGGGAUGACAGCUUAUAUUGGAUUUUAUGAGAUUUGCUCCCCUAAGAUGGGAGAAACUGUCUAUAUUUCAGCUGCUUCUGGAGCAGUUGGUCAACUUGUUGGGCAAUUUGCAAAGAUGCUAGGUUGCUAUGUUGUUGGUAGUGCUGGAAGCAAAGAAAAGGUUGAUCUGUUGAAGAGCAAGUUUGGCUUUGAUGAAGCUUUUAACUACAAAGAGGAACAUGAUUUAAAUGCAGCUUUGAAGAGGUACUUCCCUGAUGGAAUUGACAUUUACUUUGAGAAUGUUGGAGGGAAAAUGCUUGAUGCGGUUCUUGUGAACAUGAAACUCCAUGGUCGUAUUGCUGUGUGUGGGAUGAUCUCACAAUACAACCUUGAAACCACAGAAGGAGUGCACAACUUGUUCUGCCUCAUCACAAAACGAAUUAGAAUGGAAGGAUUUAUUGUUUUUGAUCACUACCAUCUCUACCCUAAAUAUUUGGAAAUGAUCAUUCCACAAAUAAAAGAUGGUAAGAUCGCGUACAUCGAAGACGUAGCUGAAGGCCUCGAAAACGCUCCUAAUGCUCUAGUUGGUCUCUUCUCCGGUCGCAACGUUGGAAAGCAAGUUGUGAUGAUUUCGCGUGAAUGAAUGUAUUCGGUUCCUUUUUAUUUCCUCAAGUUCUUAAUUCGAUAAGACACGUGUUAUGAUUAAAAAAAAGAGAUUGAGAUGCGUGAAUAUGUUGCUUGUAAAGCAAUGAUGAGAAUAAUAAUAUCUCAUGGAAUUGAAUGUUGGGACCCCUAAAGAAAGAGUUUAAGUUUGGUGCACCCUCAAUAUAUCACUGUUUUACCCCAUCAA